AACGAGUCCCCGUGAGCACGCGACCCUUCGCCGUGACUUCGGUGCGCAUCGUGAGUCUUCGGCUGCGGUCUCGGCGAGUCACACAAGCCGCCCGCUUAUUUUUCCAAGCCCCCGCCCGGCGUCUUGCCGUCCGCGCCCAACAAGUGGCGUAGACGAUCGCUCACGGCUCACACGCUGUCUCGCGUUCGUACUUUGCACAACUUUUCUGAGCGCUCCCCGCUCGGUGCCGCGAGUUUGAAAUUCGAUCGCGUGUUCGAAACUUUUCCCCGAAGUGUACAGAGACAAAAGUGGCGUGACAUAGGGCUUCAGUGGCGUGUCGAGAGUCGGUGCGGUUGUUGUGGGUAGACUGGAGUCGAUGCACCUACCGCACGCGAGCCCACCGGCCCCCACCAUGGCGGAUGUAUACUCCCAUAUUCACGAGUACUACCGGCAAAGUCAUGGUGAGCUGGUACAAACCGGCUCCCCGGCUGUGUUGUGCUCGGCCCUUCCUGGUCAUUGGAGAUCGAACAAAUCGCUGCCAGUGGCCUUCAAAGUUGUGGCUCUGGAUGAUGUUCAGGAUGGAACGCUAGUGACAAUAAAGGCUGGCAAUGACGAGAAUGUGAUGGCAGAACUAAGAAACUGUACUGCGGUAAUGAAGAACCAAGUGGCGAAGUUUAAUGACCUUCGGUUUGUGGGUCGUAGCGGACGAGGGAAGUCUUUCUCGCUGACCAUCACCAUCAGCACGUUCCCAUCACAAGUUGCCACUUACACUAAAGCUAUCAAAGUCACUGUGGACGGACCAAGAGAACCUCGGACUAAGCAAAAUUAUGGUUAUGGUCACCCAGGAGCGUUUAGUCCGUUUCUUCUCAACCCUGGAUGGUUGGAUGCUGCAUAUCUUAAUUACGCUUGGGUAGAUUACUUUAGACCACCACAGAUGAGGGAACAAAACCCUUCGCUUGUUAAAGGUGGCGUGACACCAAUAACGACACCUCCAGUCACGCUUGCUGGAUCUGAGUUAUUCCCGUUUCCACAAGCUAUGGCUAGCUUACCACCUGGAGGACUAUUACCACCUCCCGGUGCAUUUUUGCCACCAAAUGGGCUUCUACCCUUUCCACCACAUCCUGCAGAGCUAGCGUUAAAAUCAUUACCUCCCGAAUUAUCGUUGAAGAAUGGAAUGUUGCAUUACGAUGCUUUAAGGCAACUCCAAAGUAAUGUCUCUUCAAUGGACACAUCGAGUGCUCGUCUAUCGCCUACUAGUAGUAGACAAAGCAGUCCACGGAGUAUGGGAAAUGUAAGUCCAAAUAGAUCAAAAGCGGAUUCUAAAUCGGAAAAUAACUCAGUGCAUGAUGCGACUAUUUCUGACGAAUCUGACGAGGAAACGAUCGAGGUUGUAAAAUCAGCUUUUCAUCCGACGAGACCUGCGAAUGUUGAGCUUCAAGAAAUGAAGAGAGUACAGCCGGCUGAUUCGACCGUAUUUGACCAGCCACGAAUCCGAAAUGAACUAAAAUCCCCUUCACAGCGAACAACGCGUGUGUUAUCUACGAGUCCAACGUCAACUAAAAUCACAAAUGGGACGAUAGGAACGCAUAAAUCAGUGUGGCGGCCAUAUUGACAUUAGUAUUGUUAGUGUUCGAUUUAAUUUUAAUAUCCGCCUCUAUGAGCGGUGUUGUUGAAAUGUGAUAAAACAAUGAGCUUGUAAAUAGUAUAGGUAACAGAUAUUAGAUUAAUUUAUAAAAUAUAUUUAUUGUUAGAGAUAUAGAUUGGAAUUGACAACGUAGAUUAGCGUUAAACGUGUAAAUAUUUAAUAGAAAAUUGUUACUUUAUUGCAAAUGUGUUCAAGCUUAUCAAUAAAUACAAAUAAUUUUGUAUUGAAUUCAUCUACAAUAUAGAGUAAUGAUUAAAAUUUUAAAACGAUUUGUAAAAAUAUUUAAUAUUCAUGAAAAAUGACUGAUUACUAUAAACAGUGUUAUGAAAGACAUUGUACUAAUUUGUAAAUAAUGUAAAUGAUAUUUAUUCGAUAAAAUAUUAUGUACACAUACAGUUUAUGUCAACGGCGGUAUUAUAAUCAUACC